AUCAGCCUGGUUUUCCCCACUCGACAGGCUCUUGACAAAAUCAGAUAUGAGAGCUUGACGGAUCCCACCAAACUGGACAGCGGCAAGGACCUGAAGAUCGAAAUUAUCCCCAACGUUCAUGAACGCACUCUUACCCUCAUUGACACCGGUAUUGGAAUGACCAAAGCCGAUCUCAUCAACAACUUGGGUACCAUCGCCAAGUCCGGGACAAAGGCCUUCAUGGAGGCUCUGCAGGCUGGCGCAGAUAUCUCCAUGAUUGGGCAGUUUGGUGUGGGCUUCUACUCCGCCUACCUGGUGGCUGAAAAGGUCACGGUCAUCACUAAAAACAACGAUGACGAGCAGUACGCCUGGGAGUCAUCCGCUGGCGGCUCUUUCACAGUCAAGGUGGACCAUGGUACGUUACAAACUCCUUUUUGAUGUAGAGGUGUGCGAUAUAUAUCGU